AUGGCCAACCCAGCUGCAAAACGCCUUUUCAAAGAAUACAAAGCGCUAUCGUCUGACCCACCGGAAGGCAUUACAGCCGGGCCCGUAACUGAAGAUGACAUGUUCCUUUGGGAGGCAUUAAUCCAAGGGCCCGAAGGCACACCAUUCGAAGGCGGCGUGUUCCCCGCCGAGUUGAAGUUCCCCAAAGACUACCCUCUCGCGCCGCCAAAGAUGAAGUUCUUGACAGACAUGUGGCAUCCCAACGUAUAUACGAAUGGCGAAGUCUGCAUAUCGAUUCUGCACCCCCCCGGUGACGACCCACACCAGUACGAGCAAGCGUCCGAGCGGUGGUCGCCCAUACAAAGCGUGGAAAAGAUAUUGAUCAGCGUGAUGAGCAUGCUGGCUGAACCAAAUGACGAGAGUCCGGCGAACAUAGAUGCGGCGAAGAUGUGGAGGCAGAAGAGGGAGGAGUAUGAGAAGGUUGUAAGGCAGAAUGUCAAGAAGAGCCUGGGUUUGUGA